AUUGAUCUGUAGGACUAUUGCUGAAACUGCUAACGCCAUCUUGAAGAGAGUGUGCUGUGCCUCGGGACGUCAUAUUUUUAUCUCCCGACAUCAACAUUGGCGUUGGAUUGCAUUCCAUUUUUUCUGGUUUUAUACCCAUCUGGACGGACCAAGAAAUAAGGUUCGUUCCACGGGUCUGUUUUAUCUAAAUGGUUGCCUGGAGACAGAAUGUCUACUUUGCCUGGGAUUCCGUUGAAGGGGGAGAGAGGAAAGACAAAGUACCAGUUACGAGACAUAAAUAGUUUGUACAGGGGAGAAUCAUUGGAACCACAUCAGCAGAAAAGCACAUUACCCCGCAAACAUGGCAUGCAAAGUUUGGGAAAAGUCCCCUCUGCACGACGUCCUCCAGCUAAUUUACCAAGCUUGAAAUCUGAACAUAGUGGCAACGACCCUGCAAUAAGCCUAGUUCCUAGUGGUGGCACAGGAUGGGGCAGCAAACCAGGAGAAACCGGCCAAGCACCGACUGCUCCACAAUCAAAUGCAGUUCCAGUCACAUCUACGUCACCUCAGACAUGUGCUGCAUCAACAUCAAUAACAACUGUAACAAGUGUCACGAGUGCAACACCACCAAAUGUGACGACAUCUCCAGCACCAAGGCCAGCAGUACCUUCACAGCCCAUAGUACACACAGACAAGUCAUGGAGCAGCAUUAUGGCAGGAAAUGCAGAAAGCAAUGUACAUCCUCCAAGCUUUCUUGCUCAUCAGUCACCUCAGUUCCAACAAGAAUUUCCCAAGUUGUCCAGUGGCGAAGGUCAACCCACUGCAGUUGCAAAAGGAGCAUCCGAUACACAGUAUGGUCCAGGACCCAGUUUGCGACCUCAAACGGAAGGAAGCUGGAUACAAGGAGGAAGCCGGAAAUCUGGCCCGCCAUCAGCCCAGAUCCCAAGUGGCGGGGCAGCAAGUGGUGCUCUCCAGGCUGCUGCUGUCCUGGGCCCCCUAGUUCAUGUACCAUCCCAAGGGAUGGAGGAUGGGAUGCCAAGGAGCAGCUUGGGCCCCUGUGCUGCCCUGGGUGGGGGCUUGGCCCCGGGAGGCCCUGGAGGCUCAGGAGGAAGCACACCUGCUGGAGGUGGUGUCAUGCCACUGCACAUGGCAACCUUCAGACCUCCGAACCCAUCUUUCUUGUUCCGAGGUAAUUUCUCGGGCUUCAGACCGAAUUUACAGCGGCCACAUUUCAUGCUUCCUUCAGAUUCUAGAUUCAUGUCACCUUCAACACGUUCGACGUCAAGUGUUGAUGAUGAGGUGAUCACUAGACCAAUAAUAAAGGAAGAGGAUUUCAGCAAAAUGGAUGAUAUUGCUCGUGAUGCGGGUUGGGCGGCACACGAUGAUAUUGAUUACAAUCAGAAACUGGCGUUCAGUGACGAUGAAAGUACAAUGGAUGAUGAUGGAAAAGAUGGGAAACAUGGUAACAAGGAGGAGAAAAAACAGUCAGAAGUGGAUGGCGAUUCUGAUAGAGCCCGUACUGAUCAGCGUGAUAAAGAGGAGACAGGAUCUCUAGAACGAAAGGAUGACAAAGAAAAGCGUCUGGAUAGAGGACCUCUAGAGCAGAGGCCAUGGCAUCAAACUCAUGCUGUGCCAGUAGAGUACAGAACCCAUUCUGGAUCUUCAGUGUCAGGUUCAGGUUCUACAAUUGGCAGCUUCCAUAUCUCAGUGAUGCGAACAGGUCCUCAUCCAGUUGCAGGACCAGGACCUCGAGCAGUUGAGGAUGAAGAAAUAUGGCACGAGAGAAGACGUCAGCAUUGUGCCGAUGUUGCACUGGCUGUUGUGCGUGCCAGACAGCGCAAGGAAGAAGAAGAACAGCGUUACCAAAAGACUAAACAGGGUGCAGCUUUAAAGUUACAACAAUUGGAAGAGAAAAUAGGACGGAAAGCUUCAUUGGAGAAUAAAGAAAAUAAGGAGAAGUUUGAUGAUAGCCACAAUCGCUCAUCAAGAGUGGACUGGGAAAAGGAUCAUGAGAACGAGAAAUGUAGGGAUAGAGACAGAUCUAGAACUAGCAGUGAAGGUCGCGAUGAAAAAUUGCCCAAUGACCUAAGAUCACUGCAACAGGUUGGAGAACGUGUAGUUCGUGGUGACCGUGAAAAGGAACGUGAACGGGAACUACGCAGUGAGAGAGAACGUGAUUGGGAUAUACGUGCUGAUAGAGUCAAAGAAGGUCGUAAUUAUAGAGACAGACAUGAUCAGCCAACAUUUUCGAGUGACUUCCAACAUAACCUUCCUCCAAGAUUCCAGAAGCAACAAGCAGAACGCUCCUACUUGUCACGUAUAGGAGCAGGAGGGCCACCUAACUUGCCAUUAAGUGGCACUUCUGGCUCUCUGUCUCAAGGGACUACAGUUUCACAAGGACUCACAAGUGCACAAUCGUUUGACCCUCGCUGGAAUGGAUCUGCAGCUCAUGUUGGUUCUUUUAAUUUCGCAGGGUCAUUGCCUGGUAGUGGAGGUCUGAAGAGCAGCCAUCAUCCACACAGACGCGUACACGGUGAGACUGACAUGUCAACUUCUGAUAGAGAAUGGGAAGGAGACCAUGAUCGAGAGCGUGAUUGGGAGCGUGAGAGGGAACGUGAGAGGGAACGUGAGAGGGAACGUGAGAGGGAACGUGAGAGGGAACGUGAGAGGGAACGUGAGAGGGAACGCGAGAGGGAACGUGAAAGAGAGAGGGAAAGGGAAAGGAAUCGUGAUCGUGAAAGUGCACCAGAUCGAGAACACAGCAGGGAAUGGGACAGGAAACAGGAUCAGGAACGUGAUAAUGAAAGAGAGAGAGACCGUGAUCGGGAGAGGGAGAGGGAGAGGGAUAGGGAGAGGGAUAGGGAGAGGGAUAGGGAGAGGGAUAGGGAGAGGGAGAGGGAGAGGGAACGUGAACGUGAACGUGAACGUGAUGUUGAAGAGAAGCCUGCUACUUGGGAUCAUCGAGAGAGAGAUACCAAGUCAACCAAGGAUCAACACACAUUGGAUGUUACUGAACGAGAAAGGUUCAGGUCCAGGGACUACAGACCAUACUCUGAAAAUGGCUCCAGAAAAAUGACGGGAAAUUACUUUGAUGCAGCACCAGAGUACCAGAGAACGUAUAGGUGUAGUUCUCUAGAAUAUGAAAAAGGGCAGGACUAUGACAGAAAAUGUGAUCAACCUGAAGCUCCUAAAGAGCAUAGAGAUGGUAAUCUCGUGAGAGAAAUGAGGGAAAAGGAAAGGGAUGUUAGGCUUCCCGAGGAAUCGAGAGAACUGGAUACUAAAUGUGAUGUUGUGGACAGACAUCAGCCUUCUGGAGUUUCAGUUAUGGAAAAAAAUUCAGUUUGUCCACCCGUCAAACAAGCUGAUGACUGGCACGACAACAAAGACUGGAAGAAAUCUCAAGAAGGGGAUAACAAAGACUGGUGUGAGAAAGAACAAGAUGUUGCAGCUCGAAGAGCUGGCAGCUGUGAAUCUCGAUCUUCGAGGGACAGUGUUAGGGAAGAGAAGGAUCUUGUCAGAGCUUCACAUGCUGGUGAUAAACAGUCCCGUGAUUUUACAUGGGUGGAUUCGACAGAAGUACAGUCUGCUGAAUUGAAGAGUGAAAAGAAAAUGGAUAACCUCAGGGAGGACCGGAGAGAAUCUGUACGUCAUGCACCUGGGCCAAUUACAAAAGAGAAGUUGGAAGCAUCAGAGCUUCGCAAUGACCAGAAAAGGGGCACACUGACACAGCUAAUGCGAUCUCUGUCCAAUCAAACCCCAGUACCUGCAGAAGAAAUAAAGCAAGAAAUAAAGGAGGGGCAGGCAAUAGAAUCAGAAAAAAACAAUGAGUCCAAAUCUGUGGAUACAGGAGAUCCAUGGCAGAAGAUUCAGCCAAAUAAUUUAGAAUCUUCCUCAACAGAAGGUGAAACUGUAGUAUCAGUGCCAGAAAAGGCUCCAGAGCAGAGCAAAAUAUGGAAUGAGGCAUCGCCUACAGCUGAAAAUUCUCAAAUUCCUGCUUCAAAUAUUUUGAACGAGAGCCAUUCUGAAAGUGAAAAACAUGAUACCGAUUCUGUGAAAAUUAAAGAAGCUCCAUUGGAUGAGAGUGUAACCAAGGCAAAAGAAAAUAAAUUAAUUGAAAGUGAUGCAUCCAGUAGGGAUGUAAAGCGAAUGGAGGAAAGCCCAUCCUCUUCUGAACUGAAAACUGAGAAGGAACAAAGAAACAGAAGCCACACACGUCAAGAGCAGCCUCGAGGUAGACACAGUAGCUACGCAGCGUAUCGUGGAGGUUGCUGGGUUCAACAGCGAGACUCAAGAGCGAAUCGUUGGGUUGGAUCAAAUAGGAACGUUCAUAAUUUACGUGACGAGUGGACUGAAUCAGAAGAGAUUUCAGGAGAUGAAGUUUCUGCCUCAACAGAAUCUGGAAAAGAAGACGUAGGACGUGCCAUUGGUGCACCACCUAGAAGAGUGGAGAAAGAUAAUCGGCGUACUCCUCGGUCACCCAAACAGAACACAAAAAAGACAGAAAAAGAUGAACGCAACCGAGAUACGAGGAGACCCGAAGGGGAGAAAGUCACUCAAUCAUCUGAUUCUCGUAGAUUUGAGAAACGUCCUUAUGAAAGUGCAAGAAGUGGUCGUGAAGGAUUUGCCCCACGUGGUGAACCCUCACGUAGGGGACGUGGUGGUUUCAGGUUUCGUGGAAGUUUGGGAAAACGUAUGGAUGGUUAUGGUCCUCCUUCAUCAAAAAGUCCCUUUGGACAACCUUCUGAAGAAACAAAAAUAGUUAUUCCUGAUACUGUGAAAGAAAACCAGAAGAAUAUGGAGCCUGUUGUAAAUGAAAUAAACAAAGACGAUCUCGGAGGUGAGAUCAUUAGCAAUGAAGACAAAAUAAAACAGAAGCAGCAAGUACUAUCUGCUGGAAUUAUAGGUAGUGGUGUGAGACAUCACCCAGGUGCUAACAAGAUGUCGGGGCACAUACCUCCUCGAAUGCAGCGGAAGUCGGAGAGUGAACGUAGAGACUCCAGCAGAAGCAAAGGAGGCAACGGCAGUCGAGGAGGGGGUCACGGGCAAGGUAGGACAUCUCAACGGGCAUUUGGAGGGCCUUCAAACCAGAAUACGCAUAAUUUUGAUGGUGGUGAUGAAUGUUGGGAAACCACUUCUGAAAACAGUGAAACAGAGGACCGAGAAAGAAAUGUGGGUACUCAUAACGGGAAACAUACAUACCCUCAGUCACGUGAUUCACACAGCAUGAGCCGUAGGGCAAAGAACAAUAAAGGUGGUUCUGGAGGUGGAGGAAGUCAUUCUGCGAGAAUGCCUGUUUCAGAAAAACCUGUAGGCAAUGUUGGAAAUACAAGUGAUAAUAGUGGGGGAGGUAUGGCACAGAGGGGUGCUUCAUCCCAAGACAACCGUUCACAGAACCGUGGCAUCACUAACAACCCAGCAACAGUGGGUAAUAAGUAUGGAGCAAAAGAAUUACCAAAUUCAGUCAACAAAGUGGAUGAAAAUAAAGUUAAUAACAGUACAAUAGUUGCACAGGCAGUCAAUGAACCUAAUUCAGCUAAGAAAAAAGUAGAAAAAGACAAGACAAAUGCUUUGGAGAAAUAUGAUCUUAACAACUAUGCAAGUGUGGUGAUAGUUGAUGACCAGCCUGAAGUGACAGUCGAGGAUGGGAAUUUCGCUUUUGGUGCAGACAGCGGCUUUCAAGAAGUGCGAAGUAAGAAGAAUGUGAAGGAAUCGCGCCAGAAAGGAAAUGCUGAGGACACGAAGCCGGUUGGUCGCCCUCCUCGGGAAAAGGAGCCACGAAAAUCUAAGCCCGGUAGUACACAACAACCGAGCCAUCCUCCACCACAGCAGCUGCAGCCACAACCUCAGGCUCAGGCACAACAGACUCCACUACCGCAAGGGCUUCCAGCAACCACAGCACCAUCACCAUCUUCGUCUCCAGCAACACCACAGCAAGGGCAGCCUCCAGCUCAGCAACAAUCUCAGCAUCUUGUUACCCAGCCACAGCGCCAGGGGUCACCUUCAGGAAUGACAGCACAGUCUGUUCCACAGCAGCAACAGCAAACAACAGGCAAAACUGUCCUUCAACAAGAAAUUUCUCAACAGCAAAUACAACGGCAGCCCCAAUCCCAGCAGCAGCAACCAUCACCAACACCAACACCACCAAUGCAGCAGCAGCAGCAGCAGCAGCAGCAGCAACAACCCUCCCAGCAGCCAGCUGCCCAGCAGCAAAGGCAGCAACAGCAUCAGGCUACAGCUGUCGGGUCGCAAAACCAAGGAAGUGCAGGAUCUGGUGCACCAUCUACCAUAGCUGCGGUGUCUACUACUUCUUCCGCACCAACAGCUCCGGCAGCAAAGUUCCCUACAGAACGUCAGCGACAGAACAAACUUCCCCCUCGGUUUGCCAAACAGAGGAUGAAGAUGGCUGAGCAACAGAAUUCAGGUGCCCAUGUGGGAGCUCCAGACACAAGCAAGCAAAGCCGUCUCUUCCCAACAAAAGAUGUGAACAGUCCUGCACCUCCACCUCCGGUGAAUGCAUGGACAAAACCAAUUAAUGCAUCAUUGCGACCAAAUUCGCCAGCUACAGGAACUGUUCCAAACUUACAACAGUUAGCAGUUGUAUUAGGGAGUCAGGUUGAUCACUGUGCUGUGGAAGUAAGUGAUCAGCAGCCACAAUCUGGAACCAGCAGUCAUCGUAGUACACCAAAUAGUGAAAGUGUCCAGGCAAAAACAGCUAGAGAGGCCACAGAUAAAACAGUAUUGGAUGGAACAUCACCUCCUGUUCAGACAAUAAUUUUUGAAAACACAAAUUACAAGACUGCCCCUCCUGAUUUGGCUGUAAAAUGUAAAUUUGCAAACAUGAAGACAUCCAGAGUGGAUAAAAGCAGAGAUCGAAAAAUUGGUGAUGAUGGGGAAGACAGUCCACUCGUCUUCAAUAAAGCAAGUGGUGCAAUACCAGACAUUGGCAAGAAUGGGGAAAAUAAAUCAGAAGCAAUCCAGAUGCCUCUGACUUUCAGCAAGAAUGAAGAUGUGGUUGACAUGAAACUGGACUUCACAUUUGCUGACUCAGACCUUUCACAGCUUACAGAAGAUAAGACUAACAAAGCAGUUGGUAUGCCACGAUCAAUGCACCUUUCUCAGCAGGUGCAGUCAACUAUUUCACCAUCUACUGCAGAGUUGAAUUUAAAAAUUCAGUCAGUAAAGAAGGUCUGGGAAAAUGUUCCUGUCAUGCCAGCAGUAAUUGAACACACAGAGGAUGGAAGUGUAGCAUCUACUGCUUCAUCUUUCACGCCAUCAUUUGGCAAUGCUGUUGAUUCUGCUUUAGAUCCAGCAACAUUUGUGAAGGGUGUUGAAGGAUGUAAUGUUGUUACUGCUGACGAAAAUUCUCCAUUAAAUGCAAAUGAAGUUGUUUACAGUGCUGGAGCAGCAUUGCAGGGAAAUGCAAGUAACUACAGUGGGGGUGUUCCUGUAUCCACAGUACCAGCAUUGAAAAAUGAUGCACCUGCUACAAGUAGCAAUGUUUGUAAGCUGAUUACCCUGCAGGUGAAACCUCAACAGCAGCCUGUAAUGUCAGCUGGUCCAUCUCCAAUAGGCCACUCAGGCCCACUGUCACCGCCGCCUUUCAAUUCGAGUACUCAGCAAGGACACAUAAACUAUCAGCCAACCUUGGGAGGCACAGCUGCCCAGUAUGGGGGCAUCUCGGCUAUUCCAUCGCCACCGACAGUACUGUACAAUUCUCCUGGUCAGGGAGGGUUAUAUGCACCAUUCCAGAUUGAUGGACCACAGGUCAUGGGUGGCCAGGCACGUUCACAGUUCUCUGGAUUUCCACCAUAUGGCUUAUCACAGGGAAUUGGUCAAACAUCGGCAUUUAAUCAACAGUCUCUCUAUCUGCAGACACCAGCGCACCCACCACCAAAUGCUGCACCAGAAAUUUAUCAGUCAUCAAUGUCUCCGUUCAGAUUGACUGCUCCUCAGGCACCAUUUGGCCAGUCCCAACAAUUAAGUAACAAUCCAAACACAGUUCUGAUUUCAUCAACAUCCAACUCUCUGAUGUCAGCUACUGUGAAACCAUCAUCACAGCAGAUUGGUCCUAUAGGUGCAAUUGGAACAAAGGGUGGUGGUCCUUAUCAGCAGAACACAAUUCCAUCAGGACCACAGCCAUCUCAGUUAUUCAUGUAUGAUCCAAAUCAAGUUAUGGGCCAGAAUUACCUUCCCAACUCUCAGAUGGUGCAACGUCCAGGACCAGUGCAAAGCAAUGUUGUACCACCCAUUCCACCUUCUUCCUCAUUUUACUCUGGCUCAGCAGGUGGCCAAACUGGAUUCUAUCAGCCAACAAAUUCGAAUUUGCCUCAACCAGCUUCUGCCCAGCAGAUUCAUCAGACAGGGUCUCCUUAUGGGUUACAGGGAUUCAGUAACCAGUCUGGGACACCAGCGCCUGUGGGCUUGCAAGGAUUUGGCUCUCAGUUUCUAUCAUCUCCAUUGCAGAUGGCUCAGCAGUACCGUAACACAGGAGUCCCAGGACAAGCAUUCAUAAAAUCUGGUGCACAACAUCAAACUGAGCAUAAUGCUGCUUCCAAUGGCAGAGUUCAACCAAAAUCCCCAUCAGCAAAUCAACAAGAUGUGCUGUCAUCAGUUUCAGUAUUUUCUACUGUUCCGCAGAUACCAUCUCCCAAGUCACGCAACAUAAAGCAGCAGCAGCAACAGCAGCCGCAGCAGCAGCAGCAGCAGCAGCAGCAACAACAGGCUCCGCCACCACCCCCUUCAGCCCAACAUCAGCAUCAACCACCUCAACCACCGCCACCACCACCACAACAGCAACAGCCACAACAGCAACCACAGCAGCCACCACCCCCACCCCCACCACAGCAACAGCAGCAAGCACAACACAGUCCUACACAACAGCAGACACCACAUCUUAAAUUUGGUGCUUACCAAGGUGUUUCACAAGCUCCUGGCCAACUGCCCUUUCAGCAAGCUGCAAGAGCUCAGCUUAAUAUAGGUGUAAGAGCUGGUAUGCCGCCACCUGCAACACCCACAUAUCCACAUCCCAUUCAGAGACCUGUGGCUUAUUCUCAAGGAGGUGGUGUAUCUGCCAAUAGUAUGAUGGGAGGUAGGCCCCGUCAGCAGCUAACUCAGCAGCUACCGCCGCCGCCACCACAACCACAACAGCCGCAACAAUUACAGCAUCCCCAUCACCCACCACCACCACCACCACCACAGCAGCAACAACAGCAUCAGCAUCCACAUCCACACCAGCACCAGCAGCAUUCACAGCCACCACAAGAACCAAGGCAACAUCACCAACAGCAGCAGGAACAGCAGCAAAGGCAGGAUCAACAACGCCAAAAGCAACACGAGCAAAGGCAGCAGCAGCAGCAUCAGCAUCAACAGCAGCAUCAGCAGCAGCAGCAGCAGCAUCAGCAUCAACAGCAACAGCAAGAACAUCAGCAGCAGCGUCAACAAGAGCAACGCCAGCAGGAGCAACAAAGACCCCAGAUGCAAUCUGCUACCACACAGCAGCCUCAAGCACAUGGUGCCACUGCUAGAGGACAGAGUGCUGGCAAGCAGCCACCUAGUGCUACAGGACAGGCAUAUUACACAUCACAUGGUCUUGCAGUGGAAAACAGUGAUGGGAAAUCAAGUAGUGAUUCUGAGGGCAAAGUAUGUGAGAACAGUAACACAGGUGGUAGUGGUGGUAAUGGUAAGCCUAAAUCCAGUGCUGGGCUGGGACACAGUCAGGGAGAUCAAAAACUGCCAGCUGACGGACGAAAGGAAGAAAAGCCCUCUAGUACAUCUGACUGAACGUUUUGUGCAGUAAUUUCAUUCAGAGAUAUUUACUUGCAUAUCGUUCUUGUACAGAGUGCUCUUGGAAGUUUGAUAUGUUGCUGAGUUUCAGUUUUGGUGUAGCAGUUUUCAAGCUUUUUUCCUAAUAAGUCAUGGUUUUUUGGACAGAAAACAUUCAGUUGCAUUAAAAAAAAAAGUAUUCAGCUAUUACAAAGACACUGAAUUAUUAAACAGCAUGCUGGGACCAUUUAGAAAAAAAUAAUAAUUCUGUUGUUAUUGUUAUUAUUGUGAUUAUUAUUAUAAUUAUUACUACCAUUACUGAUGGUGUAAUUGUAACCAGCUUAUGCUGUGAUACAGGAAAUGCAGUAUUUUUGUCGUUUGUCACAAUCUACAUAUCUGCAUAGUAAACACAGCCUGUGAUGUUACAUUACCAUAAAAAAAUAAUAAAUUGCGCUCUGACAGCUGCCCAGUUAAUCUGCAGUGAGGAAGUGGAUGGUGUAAUUAAAAUCUCUGAAAUAUCAGUAGUGCCGAUUUGUGUCAAGCACCAGAGUGGCAAAGCUUUUCAGUGAAAUGUAAACCAAGAGCAUUUCAAGUAUUUCAAGUGCAGAUGUUACAUGAGCAGGAAACAAAAAUACUGAUACAAAUUAAUCAUGGAAUUGGAAGUGGACUGCAUUACACAAAAUAUGUCAGUAAGGAACAUGAAUCCGUGACUUUACGGUUGUGGAAUUACUUGUGCACAUUAAAUGUGGAAUAUUUACGGCUUUCACUCUGUAUUAUGUUUUACGUUACAUUAAUACAGUAGUACAUUAUGGAUGCAUUUUUCGUCUUCUUGCUUUGUAUUAAGUGGGAUGUGUGUAAAAGUUGGAGGAAGUGCUGUGCUUGAACUUAUAAAAUGCUUGUUGAAGGAAAUGUUUAGAGUAUUUUCAUUAUGGAAGAUGUAAUAUUGUGUAUUUGAGCAAGAAUCGAGAAAUACUUACACAAGUGAUCCGGGUUCGUUUAUUGUGAAAAAAGAUUAUUUUACCAUAUGUAAUAAGAAUCAAUUAGUAAGAUAAACUUGUAUGAAACAAAGUAUUAUCGUAUUUGAGAUUUUUAAUUGUUGUUAGAUUGCUGAGCCAAAUAUUGAAAAAGUUUGGAAAUAAUGAAGUGUCAAGAGUAAAGUUCAGCAUAUCUUACGUGGUUUGCUAUCAUUAUGGUUGCCAAGUAAAAUACCGAGCUUAUGGCAUUAUAAAUUGAUAAUUGCGGAGAAAGAAGGCAGUGAAAACUAAUGAAAUGUGGGUGCUGUAAUGAUUUGAAAAUGGGAUAACAAUUCUAGGAAACUUACUGAAAAUGAAAACAGCAUAUUGGAAAUGAAGGAACGGCCAGUGAGGUUUGUCUGCAGAGCUGUAUGCCACUCGGAUGUAAUUUUGAGCAAAGUACUAUUCAGCUGAGUUAAUGUGUAUGCAACUAGCUUGAGAGAAAAUCAAGAUAUUGACAAUUAAUGCAUAGAAUUAUAGAGAUGUUGAUUAUGUUGAGGAAAAAACAGUAAAGAUGCCUCCUUUACUUGUGAACUUUGGUUUUGGUGUGCUUUCUUGCAUUAAGAUAACCAGGAAAAGAACUGAUAUUUUCAUCCAAAAUUGCAGGGAGUGUAUUGUUUUUUCCUUUGUUAAAUAUGAGCAAUUAUUCUGUUAGAUUCUUAAGUAAAACUUGCUCAUGUGAGCAAUAUCAUGAUGAUGUGUAAAAGAUGAUGUACUGUACAUAAAAUGGCCACAUCAGAAAAUUUUUGCCACUUUGAGUAAGAUUCUUACUUUACAACUGUGUCUUUGGUGUUGGUAUGAACUGAAGUUUCUUUUUAAUUUUUUAUCAUUUUUGUAGUUACUGUGUGAUUAUAGAUACGGCAGUGUUGAAAAUCUCUCUAGAGACUGAAGAAAUAAUGAACUUCAAUGCAGUCUUGAAUAAAAGUGUUGUUCAAGUGAUUUCAGUUAAUUAAAAGAUAUACUCAAGUUGAAGUGUUAAGUGAACCCUGGAAUAAAUGAUGAUUUCCGUUCAAGAACUCUGACAAACUGUAGUGUUUGGAACUAUUCACAUAUUAGCUGUUUCAUAAGUUAGUAAGUUUUCAGAAGCAUCUACUUUAGACUUCCUCCAGGUCUGUGCUCUAGGUGUUUAAUAACCCUACAGUCCUAAUCUUGCCCUGCAGUGAAAGUGCUAAACUUAUGUUGUGUGGUUUGUGUGUAGCAGAUCUCUUGUGCUACAAAGGAAAUGAAAUUAUCUAGGUGCAGCACACUUCAAAUUUAAACUGAUUCUUUAAAAGAGACAGCUGCUAUCAAAGAAUUGUUCUUAUAGUAGACAAUUCGUUUGCUGUAUAUGAUACUGAUUUUUUCAGUCUCUGUAUUGAACUGUCAUUGCGUCAGCAUGUUGAAUUAAGUUGGAUGAUUUUUUUGUUGUAUUCGAGUGAAAUGUUCUGUAAACAUGAAGCUGAAUAUUUUUAUUCACCCAAAAGAAUAUUUUUUAGGAUUCUGAAUUGAUGUUCCUUUUUAUUGUGGCUGAUUAGUCUCAGUGUUUCAGUAAGCUUUGGGCUUAUUUGCUGAACGUCAGAAGUGACAUUAUUGUGAUCAGUUUCUUUCCUACGUAAAUAUGAAAUAAAAAAGCUCAUUUCUGUUACUCAAGAA